AUGUCCAAGUUUACGAGGCUGUAUCUGCGGAUACCUCGGCCGAAGACCCUCUUCGGCCUCAUUAGCCUCCAGACUGGCACUGAGUUGAUUUCCUUGGCACUGGUCUUCAACAAGGUUACGGGCGUUUACGGUCUUCUUGCGAUCCUUACCGGAUUCCAGCUCUCCCUCUUCCAGCUUACGACCUACGUUUACUGUAUUGGCGUUCUCGGCCUCCUCGUCUACCUGAUCCCGCAUAUCCGAAAACAGAGCCCGUUCGAAUGCCUGGCCCUGGCGUGGCUGUAUGUCAUCGAUGCCUUCAUCAACGGCGCUUCUACAGUGGCUUUUGGAAUGGACUGGUACUUCGCCACUGCUUCGUCAAACGGAUCCAGUCUGCCUGAUAUGGUUGCUGAGGGCAUGGAGGGUCUCCGUCGCGAGACGGCCGUGCAUGGCGAUGUUGUACCCCAAGAGACCGCGGCCAGCAUGCUACUGAUCACUGGCUUGACCCUGAUCAGAGUCUACUUCAGUCUGGUCGUCAUGAACUUUGCACGCCAGGUGCUGCAGAAGUAUAUGCAACUGAUGAUCCUUGAAGGACCUGGCGUCGACGAUCACGUGGGUCCCUUUGCUGCGGACCUGCCUGACGGUGAAGGGCGAAAGGGUCAGCUCGGUCGACUGAUGGUGUCUUUCGGACGCAACUACUGGAUGGAUUACUCUGAGGCGAGAGAAUGGGUCGAGGGUGGUGUUAGCCGGAAACCCAGCACGGUUGCAACUCUGGCUGGCGAAGUAUGA